CCGCCGCUCUUCGCGUGCUCACAGAUAUCGCAGGCCGCUACAUCAAGCUCCUCGGCUGCAACGCUGCAUCCGCCGCGAACUCCCGCGGCCGAACACAACCCAACAUCUUCGACGUCGUAAUCGCCCUCGAGAGCGCAGCGGCUAGCCGCGGUUACGCCGGCGCCUCCCAGGUCACUCGCCCGCUUCUCAGGUCCGCGAUGCUUCACGAGCUGCGAGCCUUCAUGGCUGCGAUCGACGAGAUCCCGUUUCCCCUACCGAUUCGCCGCCGGACCGCGAUAGAUGAGGAGCGGAAACCUAUCCCGAGUUUCGCACAAGUCGGGAAGGAACCCCCAAUGCCGCACGUACCGAGGUGGUUGCCCUGCUUUCCCGAUGGCUGGGAGAAGGAGGGGGAGAGGGAUUCAUCUAAGGUAGCUGAGAAGAAACAGCAGAUGCCGGCGGUUGAGGCGGGGGCGGAAAUGCAGUCUUCACAUCGAGUUGUUCUAAGAUCAGUUCGUAUUGUGCUAAAAGUGCUAAGAGAACACAGAUUGAAGAAUGCUUAA